GACAAGAUUCGAGGUCACAGGAUGUCGUGUGUAAACAACUCGGAUAUCUUGCGAUCGACACGGAAUGCUUUGAAUCAGUAUCCUCGGUUUUCCCUGGAUGGAAAGGAUGCAACGUAUAGAUCUUCAUUUAGGAACUUGGAUGGGUUGCCAUCAACGAUAGCUGGAGAGAAUGUCCUGUGGCGCAAACCAGGAGUGGUAGCUAAGUUGAUGGGUCUUGAGGCAAUGCCGAUGCCAGUGGAUGCUAAAAGUGGCAAAGCUAUGUUGACCUCCAUAAUGAAGCGACAGAGUCUAAGAAAAAGAGCCAAGAGGCAUGAAAAAGAGAGAAGAUUAUCCAUGGACUAUCCUGGUUCCGAUGGCACCAUAACAGGAAGAUUAAGUUCUUGCAGUUCAAACAAUGGGUGCUAUGUCGUGAAGCCAAAUGCAACAGAAUCAGCAGCUUGGAAAGCCAGCCAAUUUCUUUAGGUCUUCUCUGUAAUCUGUCAACCAACAAGAGAAUAGUGUUUUAUUCAUCUUUAAAUAUAUAUAAAAAAGAACACACCAAAUUUCUAACACUCAAUCAAUAAGACUCGCUAUUUAGUGUAAGCUAGAGAAACUGAACAUAGAUCCUUGUGGUUGUAGUGUGGGUAAAGCUGUUGUCAGAUACAUUUCAAAGUCAAAAGAA